AUGGCAUCCGUCGACCAAACCACGGCCGAGUGCGGAGAGCUUGCUGCCAUGAUGAAGGCGAGCAAUGAGAAGGUACGAGCAGAGGCUCAAUUGGGCAAGCCCCUCAUACAGAAGGUCCCCGAUCCUCUUCGAAGUAUCGAGAAUGGUGCCCUGUACUUCAACCCCGAGAUAGUGGCCAUCGGUCCUUACCACCGACACGACCCGCAACUGCAGCCGAUGGAAGUCGUCAAGAAAGCGGCCGCUCACGACUUCUGCAACAGCACGAGACACUCCGUCGAAGAUUUUUACAGAAAGGUCCGUGCAGUCGCUGGGGAGGCUCGGAGUGGCUAUGCGGACCGAUUUGAGAACAUGAGCGAAAAGGAAUUCGCCGACAUGAUGUUCUUCGAUGGCUGCUACCUUUUGGAGUUCGUCGCGCUUAUGACCGGCGAUUGCAUGCCUUCUUCGUCCAUCUUCGCGAGCUUCAGCACCUUCCGCGGCACGCAGAUCGGGAAGGACAUCUUGUUGCUCGAGAACCAGAUUCCGUGGGUGGUGCUGGAGGCCCUCAUGAGUUUGCGACGCGUGCGGAUCCGCUGGUUUGCCCGAGCAAUUGUCUCUUCCUUGGAGAUGGAGUCGCCUCCCCAGUUCGACGAGGGCGCCGUCAGCGGCUAUUAUAAGCCCUGCCACCUACUAGACCUCGUGCGCGAGAGUUACCUAGGCCCCAGCAUUGAGUCAAAAAUGAGCGGGUUAACUCGUUUCUCACUCUUCAGCUCUGCCAUGGAGCUCACAGAGAUCGGGGUUCGGUUCCGCGCGAGUGAUACGUCCCGGUUCCGGGACAUUAGCUUCCGCAGCGGCUUGCUCUUCGGGUGGCUGUCCCUACCGCCGAUCCAAAUCGAUGAUGCGACCCAGGCCGUAAUAUCGAACAUGGUGGCGUUCGAGACUUGCGCCGUCGGUGUGACCGACUACGGGGUCGGCUCUUACCUCUCUCUGCUCGCCCUCCUCUUGAGCAGCGAGGAGGACGUGAAGGAGCUGAGAUCGAAGAAGAUGAUAUUUAGCGACGUGAGCGACGGGCAGGCUCUCGCCUUCUUGAAGUCCCUCGACCCACACCUGGGGAAGGGCACAAGCUUCAUGCAGGUGCUGCAGUGGCUCAAUGACUACUACAACAAGAAAAGGGUGAGGAUCUUCGUUCACAAGAUCAUCUACCGCAACUUCAAAUUCAUUUUGGCUGCUGCAUCAGUUAUCGUCUUCUUCGUCACCAUUCUCCAAACCAUUUUCACGGUUUAUCCUCGGAAAUAA